GAGACAUUUAUGGGGGGAAAAGUGCAGAAACGCCAACGCCGAUCACGAAACACGUGCUGUAUUUAGAGAGAGAGAGAGAGAGAGAGAGAGAGAGAGAGAGAGGUGCGUGCGUGCAUGUGUUUUUCAGUUCUUUGGUGAUUCAGUUCCAUCAGCAGUGAAAGCAGAUUAAUAAUGGAGAGAAACGAAGAGCUUCCUAUCCCAAUCUUCUCAACACUGGAACCAGUGUACGGACACGGCCCUCAACUCCAAGAAGCUCAACUCCGUCUCGACAACUUGAAAUCCAAGUUCCUCCAAGUUUUCGGCCACCUUCCUGAUAUCUACGCUCGCUCUCCAGGGCGAGUAAACUUGAUUGGGGAACAUAUUGACUAUGAGGGCUACUCGGUGUUGCCGAUGGCAAUUCGACAGGACACGAUCGUUGCCAUACGGAAGCGUGAUGCUUCAGAGUCCGAAAAGCUUCUUUUGAUUGCAAAUGUUAGUGAGAAGUACUCCCUCUGUACUUACCCUGCUGAUCCAGACCAGGAUAUUGAUUUGAAGAACCAUAAGUGGGGUCAUUAUUUCAUCUGUGGGUACAAGGGCUACUAUGGUUACGCAAAAUCAAAAGGACUGGAUGUUGGUGUACCAGUUGGACUUGAUGUUAUGAUUGAUGGAACAGUUCCAACUGGUUCUGGAUUGUCAAGCUCUGCAGCAUUUGUUUGCUCUUCAACAAUUGCCAUAAUGGCUGCCUUUGACGUGAACUUUCCAAAGAAAGAACUUGCGCAGCUUACAUGUGUGAGCGAACGUCACAUUGGGACGCAAUCCGGCGGAAUGGACCAGGCUAUCUCUAUCAUGGCUAAAUCUGGGUUUGCAGAGCUGAUUGAUUUCAAUCCUGGUCGUGCAACUGAUGUGCCACUUCCCCUGGGUGGUUCUUUUGUAAUAGCCCAUUCAUUGGCCGAGUCUAAUAAAGCAGUCACUGCUGCUACAAAUUACAAUAAUCGGGUGGUUGAAUGCCGGCUAGCUGCCAUUGUACUCGGUAUAAAGCUUGGAAUGGAACCUCAAGAGGCAAUUUCAAAAGUGAAGACUCUUUCCGAUGUUGAAGGAUUGUGUAUAUCAUUUGCUGGAAGUCAUGGAUCUUCUGAUCCUGAACUUGCUGUCAAGGAACUUUUGAGUGAAGAAACUUAUACAGCUGAAGAUAUUGAGAAAAUCACCAAGGAAAACCUGAUAUCAAUUUUUGCUAAUUCUCCAACUUCUUUGGAUGUGCUUAAAGCUGCCAAAUGCUAUAAGUUAUACCAGAGAGCUUCUCAUGUGUAUUCUGAAGCCAAGCGAGUAUAUGCUUUCAAGGACACUGUAUCAUCGAACUUAAGUGAAGAGGAAGUGCUGAAGAAGCUGGGUGACCUUAUGAAUGAAAGCCAUUAUAGCUGCAGCAUUCUGUACGAGUGCAGCUGCCCAGAAUUGGAAGAACUUGUAAAGGUUUGUCGUGAUAAUGGUGCUCUUGGGGCAAGGCUUACAGGAGCCGGAUGGGGUGGUUGUGCAGUUGCGUUGGUUAAAGAGUCUAUAGUACCUCAAUUCAUCCUAAAUCUAAAGGAGCAAUUUUAUGAGUCAAGACUCGUAAAAGGGGUGAUUGAGAAGAAUGAUCUUGGUCUUUAUGUUUUUGCUUCCAAGCCAUCAAGUGGUGCUGCCAUUUUGAAACUUUAGUACUAGUCAUAUACAUCGUCAACCCGCGUCAUUGAUCUUGUUCUUUAAGGAUUAUUGUCAUGUUAACAGAAUUUAAUGGACUUCUUUUGGUAAUUUCUUUUGUUUCCGGUCUCAUCACUCCUUGCGCCCCACCAUCAUUUCACCACCCCCACCACCUCCUCUCUGCUUGCACCACCAUCAUUUCACCGCCACCGCCACCACGCCUUCAUCAUGACCACCACCUCCACCGCCAUCAUUCACCACCAUCACUUUUCAACCACAAUUACCACACCUCCAUCACUGCCGCCAUCAUUUAGCAGACACAUAUCCACCACACAAACCCAUGGCAAGUAGGCAAGGAAAAGUUGUCUGGCGUCUGUUUUGAGGCUGAUCUAUGUUUAUGAUGCCACUGCUGAUAUCUCAUUACUUUUGGGGCAAGGCUAAUUGUUAGAGCUCACGUUUGAUUACUGAUUUCGAAGAUUGAGAGGUCCAUAGAUUAGUUGUGAUUUUUUAUAGAGAGGACCCUCAUGUUUGAGGAAAGAAUGCAAUGACGGAAUCUACAUAGGAAACUUUUAGAUCGUAUAAGAUAUUCAAGUUAAUUAUUUA